GGUUUUGUUGGCCGUUAAGCCGCUUUCCGACAGGGUGUACAAUGCUUUGUGACUUGAUUUGCUAUAAUUGUCCUAUCUCGUUCUUCCUCAGCAAUUCCUAUACAUCACCGCAUCAUGCACAAUGCCGAAUCAGCAGUCUGAUACAACCAUGCCCUCAGUUGGAUGCGAUGUCGAAGCCGCAGAUAAAGCAAAAGUCGUACAGAAUAUGAAGAAAUGGAUGACACGAGCUUCACAACCCACCUUAUCACGCGCUCUACCACACACCUUGUCUUCAGACUUUUCCCCUUCCCCAAGAGAUUGGUCUGCUAACCCGGGUGCCACCAAGGACAAUGUCAAAUAUUCAACCGGACCAGCAGCCAUACCAAACUUCAACAAGAAUUCGACGGUACGCGCUCUACCAUUCGUUUGUCCAAAUAUGCCUACAGAUCAGUAUUCUUGUUCAAGCGACGUAUCCAAGACUUCAUCGCUCCUAGAGACCAUUCUUACGGUGCCAGACGAACGCGGAAUGGGUGUUGAAGAAAAUGAUACUGAUCUUGUUCCCGGACACUUCAACGGAGUCGGGCUCGUGGAACGACUUGAUCUUCGCGCUGAUACUUCUACCCGUAAAGUUCGCCGUGCUGGUAUGCAGAGGAUACAGACCUUGCAGCUCCAGCGCAAGCAAGAAGCUGCCAAGCGCAAGAACAAACACGGCCAUGAAACUUUAAUGGGCUUGGAAAGAGCUAUACGAUGAAGAGCGGAAGAGGGAGAUCUUGCAAACAUGAAGGGGUUUCGUAUGGAGCGGUUGGCUGUCAUCGAGGCAGGCGACAGGGAACUUUUGGAUCAGGCCAUGGACGGGAAGAAAUCGGAGAUGCCGGGUAAUGUUGUGGAAGUGGACGCGGCAAUGUGGGGUAUCGUGCGUCUGGUGUGCUUUGUGCAACAACCUCUAUCCUUUGAGGCGCCUAGUAUGAUCACUGUGUAAGAGGAGGAUAGACAAGGAAAGGACAAAGUUGGGUGAGGGAAGUGAGGAUCAUGAUAGUGUAA